AUGAGGACGUACCAGCAAGGCGGCCGCUGCACCCUUAGGGGCCGAAGCCGCACGAGGCUGCGGGCCCGACUGCUCCUCUACGCUGCACGCUCCGCCUGCCUCCGGCCCUGCUACUGCCAAGAAGAGGAUGCUCCCUGUGCCCUGGUGCCGCCCAUUGCUGGGUGGAUGAGUGUUGGGGUGGCCAGCUCCACGUCCAAGGGUCAGGUUUCCAAGGGCUGUCCUGGCUCUGUGUGGCCUCAGCCUUUAGCCCUGGGUGAGGCCCAGUGUGGGGAGAUUGAGAGGCAAGCUAUUGAGGUGCAUCAGGGAGGAUCCACUUGGCUCCUCUCCUCCAUACCCCUCUCCUGCCUGGGGCUGCCCCUCCUAUUCUCCUGGGACUUGGCCCUCUGGCCCUCUGCCAGGGCUGUGGAAGUGGAUAGCUCGCGUGUGGCAGGCACGAGAACAGAUGUAGAUGGGCUAUUGCACAGAUGGGUACUCAGCCGUGUGCGGGGGGUACACAAAAGGGGCGGUAGGACGGCUCUAGGCCCCCCCCCCCUGGUGACGGCGUGCCUACCGCCCUCAGGCGACGUGGUGGACGUUUACCAGCGGGAGUUCCUGGCGCUGCGGGACCGUCUGCACGCGGCUGAGCAGGAGAGCCUCAAGCGCUCCAAGGAACUCAACCUGGUGCUGGACGAGAUCAAGAGGGCCGUGUCAGAGAGGCAGGCGCUGCGAGACGGAGACGGAGACGGCAAUCGCACCUGGAGCCGCCUAACAGGGGCGGGGACGGCGCGGGGCGAGAGGCUGGGGGCGGGGUGGCCUCCGGCGCCCGGCCGAGCGUCGCCCCUCUGUGCCCCUGUAGUGUCGGUGGUGAUGGGUAUUCCGAGCGUGCGGCGCGAGGUGCACUCCUACCUGACAGACACGCUGCACUCGCUCAUCUCCGAGCUGAGCCCACAGGAGAAGGAGGACUCGGUCAUCGUGGUGCUGAUUGCCGAGACUGACCCACAGUACACUUCGGCAGUGACAGAGAACAUCAAGGCCUUGUUCCCCACAGAAAUCCAUUCCGGGCUCCUGGAGGUCAUCUCCCCUUCCCCCAACUUCUACCCUGACUUCUCCCGCCUCCGCGAGUCCUUUGGGGACCCCAAGGAGAGAGUCAGGUGGAGGACCAAACAGAACCUCGAUUAUUGCUUCCUCAUGAUGUACGCGCAGUCCAAAGGCAUCUACUAUGUGCAGCUGGAGGACGACAUCGUAGCCAAGCCCAACUAUCUGAGCACUAUGAAAAACUUCGCACUCCAGCAGCCCUCAGAGGACUGGAUGAUCCUGGAGUUUUCCCAGCUGGGCUUCAUUGGGAAGAUGUUCAAGUCGCUGGACCUGAGCCUGAUUGUGGAGUUCAUUCUCAUGUUCUACCGGGACAAGCCCAUUGACUGGCUCCUGGACCAUAUACUAUGGGUGAAGGUCUGCAACCCUGAGAAGGACGCGAAGCACUGUGACCGGCAGAAAGCCAACCUGCGGAUCCGCUUCAAGCCGUCCCUCUUCCAGCACGUGGGCACUCAUUCCUCGCUGGCGGGCAAGAUCCAGAAACUGAAGGACAAGGACUUUGGGAAGCAGGCGUUGCGGAAGGAGCACGUGAACCCACCAGCCGAGGUGAGCACGAGCCUCAAGACGUACCAGCACUUCACCCUGGAGAAAGCCUACUUGCGUGAGGACUUCUUCUGGGCCUUCACACCUGCUGCAGGGGAUUUCAUUCGCUUCCGCUUCUUCCAGCCAUUGCGCCUUGAGCGGUUCUUCUUCCGCAGUGGGAACAUCGAGCACCCAGAGGACAAGCUCUUCAACACGUCUGUGGAGGUGCUGCCCUUUGAUAACCCUCAGUCGGACAAAGAGGCCCUGCAGGAGGGCCGCUCAGCUACUCUCCGGUACCCUCGGAGCCCUGAUGGCUACCUCCAGAUAGGCUCCUUCUACAAGGGUGUGGCAGAGGGCGAGGUGGACCCUGCUUUUGGCCCCCUGGAAGCACUGCGCCUCUCCAUCCAAACAGACUCCCCAGUGUGGGUCAUUCUGAGUGAGAUCUUCCUGAAAAAGGCCGACUGAGCUGAGGCUUCUGAGAGUGCACUGCAGCCCUGAAGCCCACGUUUCCAGGGAUGUCGUAGCUGCUGCCCCUAUAGGGCCAGGCGUGGCCACAGCCCGAAGGGUUCUGCCUGGCACUGGGCUGGGGCCGGCCUGGGGUCCGCCGCUGGCCCGGAGGCCCCAGGAGCUGGUGCUGCCCCCGCCCGCCGGGCCACGGGAGGAGGCAGGCGGCCCCCACACUGUGCCUGAGGUUCGGCCCUGGCCGCCCACCUGGAACCAUUUGCACCUGGCCGGCCGAGCCAGGCCGUUUUAGAAGAGCUUUUUCCUGGCGCCCACUCUCCCCGGCGCGAACACUGGAAUGCAUAUACUACUUUAUGUGCUGUGUUUUUUAUUCUUGGAUACAUUUGAUUUUUUCACGUAAGUCCACCUAUACUUCUAUGAGAGCGUGACUUGUAAUAAAGGGUUAAUGAAGUGUGUGCUUCAAA